AUGGACACAAGAACUAGCAAAGUUGCUAGGGACAAAAGGAAACAAGUAAGACAAAAGAGUAAAAGUGUUGUUGCCAUGGCUCCUUUGGUACCAACAAAAGGAAUAAAAAGGGGACAAUUUGUUCCUGGUGGGGGAUCAAAUGAGAAUAUCAUAGCCAACCAAGAUAGCAGUACCAAUGUUUUUUCCACCCCAGAUGGGAAGAAUUUAGAAGAAGUUUUGACAAAGCAGUUGAAGAACAGCGAUGUUACCAUCCUAGGUCGGAUUGUGCUUCCAAAGAGGGAGGCUGAGGCGAAGCUUCCACCAUUGACAGACAAGGAAGGAAAGGAUAUUAUGCUUAUGGAUGUUUAUUCUGGGGUGUCAUGGACCUUGAGAUACAAGUAUUGGUCUAAUAACAGAAGUAGAAUGUAUGUUCUGGAAAAUGCUGGGGAAUUUGUGAACCAUUAUGGACUACAGAUGGGAGAUUUUAUAACCAUUUAUGUGGACGAAGAGAAAAACCUGUAUGUGUGGGCUAGAAAAAAAAUAAUUGUAGAAGCACCAGUGUCCUUGGAUACACAUGACACUGACAACUAUAACAAUAUGCACCAAUUUGCAAAUGAAGAUGUGGAGAUUUUUCCAAAGGAGCUUAACCAGGAGAAAGAAGUUGAAGAUGCUAACAAGCUUUUGACCUCAUUCAAUGGUGGUGGGAGUUCUUCAUGUAGAGCAGAACUACGUAUGAGUAUGGCAGAGAAUGAUGUUGAAGUGUUGAACAUUACUGCAAAAGGGGCACCAAGCCAAGAAAUUGUAGAAGCCACGCCAAUAGCACCAACAACACCCCACAAUGGUCGUAACAUGUUGAUAAGUGAUGAAGAUGUCUAUGAGGGACUUGAUAAUAUCUUUGAAAUUGAGAAUAAUUUUCAUAGCUUUGACUACUUGAAAGAUUUCAGGAUGUGA